UUUAAAAGUUGACAAAUUUACAUCGUCCUGUUCAACGACAGAGAUUUUUAGAAAAUAGUUUUUAACUUAGAAUAUUUCAAUUGAAUGGUUUUCAAAGCUGAAUCCAAAUGAUAAUGUGAAACCAAUGGGUUUAUUUGUGGAUGGGAAGUAGCGAAAGUAGUCCCGUCACUACAAUCAAUAAGGACACGGUGAAUAUUUUACCCAAUUUUCCAGGACCACCAGUUUGCAAUAUUUGUUUUGAAAGUGUUACAGAACGAAUCAUUGUGGAAAGAAGAGAAGAAAUGUCGAGAGCAAACACUCCAUGGACGCCAAGAAUUAACAUUUUGCUGAUCGGAAAAACUGGGAAUGGCAAAAGUUCGACAGCCAAUACCAUAGUAGGAAACAGAAGGUUUCCAGAUCUGUCUUGUGCAUCUCUCGCAAAGCAAAACAUUGACUACCAUAUUAGAGAGUACAAAGGGCGUCGUAUAAAAGUCGUGGAUGGUCUGACAAUUUGUGAUACCAAACUCGACAAAGAACAGUCAGUUAAACAGAUGAUUGAGGACACGCAAUUGGCACUGGCAGCCAAUCCUGAAGGCUAUCAUGCCUUCCUUCUCGUCCUGAAAUACGGUAAUAGGUUUACACGUGAAGAACAAGAAACGGUUCAUAUUUUAAAGAAAAUAUUCGGGGAAAAUUUUGUUCGAGAUUAUUGCAUUUUAAUCAUCACUGGCGGGGAUGUUUUUCAUGCAGAAAUGAAGGCCAGUGGCAUUUUCGGAUAUACCUUCAUAGAGUGGUGCAGUUUUCAAGAAGGCGCCUUUAAGGAUUUGCUUGAUGAAUGCCAACACAGGGUAAUGGUAGUUGACAACACAUGCUCCUAUAAGGACGCAGGACAUUAUGUUGAUAUGUUGAUGAUGUUCAUUGAGGAGUUACUCUGCAAUCGAAAGUACGAUCUGUCUAAAAGAUUUGAGGAAAUUAAAGACACCAUUGUAAUCGAGCUGACGAAUCUGAAAACAACCGAUGAGUCCGCUACAGAAGAGGAAAGUCCUAUGGCUGAUCUGUUACAAGUCUCACACGGCACUAGCGAGACGAAAGAAUUACCACGUGACAAGAUUCUGGGUCACAAUAACACAGUACAUGAAAUACUGGCUAAACAGGAAGAAUUAUCAGGAGGUUUUCGAGAACUAGCUCAAACCUUGGAGUCUCUACAAAAACAGGUUUCUGAUGAAAGCGCUUUCUCUCGCAAGUGUAUUGAAGAAAUGCAACUAAGUCGACAACAUGAAGAAGAAAUGAAAAUUAACUUUGAAACACAGCUAAAAAAUCAAAAAGAGUAUUAUGAAAACCUGAUUGUCGAUAUGAAACAAAAGCAUUAAAAGAGCAAUGCAGAUUUAGAAAAAAUAAUAGAAGACUUCAUUACUCACACAAGUGAACAUAGGUAAUGGGACAAGAAAAACAAACAGCGUGAGAAAAGUUGGAAAACGCGAAGCAAGCAGAGAAAGGAAGGUAUUAAGCGGCUGGAAAAUAUACAAAGACAUUUUUUCUAGAAUUGUAUUAGGGCAUUUAAAAUCUACCAUCUUGUGCACAGUAAUGCCGAACCGUGUUUUGCAUUAUCUAAUUUUACAUCUGAAAUAAAUAAAGUAAUUACCUGCAUA